GUGUUCAGUUAUUAAUGACCGCUGAGCAGGCAGCACCAUGUCAGUGUGACAACUGAUCGGGUGAAGGAUGCACCACUAACCACCAUGGAAACAAGGAGAAAUAAAGCCAGCCAGCAGGAUCUCGCCUCACUGGAUUGAGAGCCUCAGCCUGCUGACGGGAGAGAGUUCAGUCAAAAGAAGGAAUCUAGCUGCAGCCUCCUGCCUUCCUUUUUAUUUUAGAACAUAGAGCUACAAUUGCGUGCAUGUGUGCAUAUCUAUAGUACAUAAUUGUGCAUACUUUAUUACUCAUACAUAUGCACUGAUUUACACCCGGAAAGAAGACAGCCAUGUGAUUAUCUCAGCCAAGAGACUGCACACAGGAACACCGGAGGUGGUCUAGCCCUGAAACUGCUGUUGCAAGGUGCUUCUUAAAAUUUAAAAAGAAGAAGAGGAAGAAGAAGAGGAGGAGGAAGAGGAAGAGGAGGAGGAGGAAGAAGAGGAGGAAGAGGAGGAGGAGGAGGAUGACGACGACAACUUGAAUCACCCACACAGGAAGUCUUAGGGAUGUAGGCUGCCCUUCACACUGCCUGCAGAAAGCCAUUCAACCAAUUAACUGGCAGAAGAUAUGGCUCCCUCAUUCUCAGCUGAAUGAUUAAUGGAAACACACAAAAAUGAAUUUUGUACUUUCCACCUAGGCUUUUUCUUCAUUUUGGACAUCAAAAGAAUAAUGACUCUAUUUCCUCAAGUACUAAACAAGGAUGGGAUUUGAACCAUACACUUCUAAGUAAAUGAAUUGCUCAAUAUCCUAUGAUCAUCUAUACAUCAUCCAUCGUCGAAGAGUACUUCAGUAUCAUAUCAUUAAGGAGACAGUGACUACCUUUGCUCCAUUAUGUAUGACAUUUUUGGAAAAUACAACUGUGGUAAUCAUAAUUAUUUCCAUGAAAAAAGUAUCUACAGUUCUGCGGCAUUCAUCAUUUGACAAAUGCAAGUAUUUUCCUGAUCAAUCAGCUCUUACUGAACUUACUAGCAGUGACUGGAAUCCUUAAGGGCCCAUUAAAUUGCUGAAGACAAAAGCUAAGAUGAAGGACAUGCCACUCCAAAUCCAUGUGCUACUUGGCCUAGCUAUAACUACACUAGUACAAGCUGGAGAUAAAAAGUUGGAUUGCCCACAAUUAUGUACAUGUGAAAUCAGGCCUUGGUUCACCCCCAGAUCCAUCUACAUGGAAGCAUCCACAGUGGAUUGUAAUGAUUUAGGGCUUUUCAAUUUCCCGGCCAGAUUGCCUGUGGACACACAGAUUCUGCUCCUACAAACUAAUAAUAUUGCAAGAAUUGAGUAUUCCACAGACUUUCCAGUAAACCUUACUGGCCUGGACUUAUCUCAAAACAAUUUAUCUUCAGUCACCAAUAUUAAUGUAAAAAAGAUGUCUCAGCUUCUUUCUGUGUAUCUGGAAGAAAACAAACUUACUGAGCUGCCUGAAAAAUGUCUGUCUGGGCUGAGCAACUUACAAGAACUCUAUAUUAAUCACAACUUGCUUUCUACAAUUUCACCUGGAGCUUUUAUUGGCCUACAUAAUCUUCUUCGACUUCAUCUCAACUCAAAUAGACUGCAGAUGAUCAACAGUAAGUGGUUUGAUGCCCUUCCCAGCCUAGAGAUCCUAAUGAUUGGGGAGAAUCCAAUCAUCAAAAUCAAAGACAUGAACUUUCAGCCUCUUCUCAAUCUUCGCAGCCUGGUUAUAGCUGGGAUAAACCUCACGGAAAUACCAGAUAACGCCUUGGUUGGACUUGAAAACUUGGAAAGCAUCUCUUUUUAUGACAACAGGCUUAUUAAAGUACCCCAGAUUGCUCUUCAAAAAGUUGUUAACCUCAAAUUUUUGGAUCUAAAUAAAAAUCCUAUUAACAGAAUACGAAGGGGUGAUUUUAGCAAUAUGCUACACUUAAAAGAGUUGGGGAUAAAUAAUAUGCCUGAGCUUGUUUCCAUUGACAGUCUUGCUGUGGAUAACUUGCCAGAUUUAAGAAAGAUAGAAGCUACUAACAACCCCAGAUUGUCUUACAUUCAUCCUAAUGCAUUCUUCAGACUCCCUAAGCUGGAAUCUCUCAUGCUAAACAGCAACGCCCUCAGUGCACUGUACCAUGGUACCAUAGAAUCUUUGCCAAACCUCAAGGAAAUCAGCAUACACAGCAAUCCCAUCAGGUGUGACUGUGUCAUCCGCUGGAUUAACAUGAACAAAACCAACAUUCGAUUUAUGGAACCCGAUUCUCUAUUUUGCGUGGACCCACCUGAAUUCCAAGGCCAGAAUGUUCGGCAGGUGCACUUUAGAGAUAUGAUGGAAAUUUGUCUCCCUCUCAUAGCUCCUGAGAGCUUUCCUUCUAAUUUGGAUGUAGAAGCUAAUAGCUAUGUCUCCCUUCAUUGCAGAGCUACUGCAGAGCCACAGCCGGAAAUCUACUGGAUCACACCUUCUGGUCAAAAAUUGCUGCCCAACACUCUGAGAGACAAGUUCUAUCUCCACUCAGAAGGCACACUAGACAUAAGUGGUAUAACCCCGAAGGAAGGAGGUUUAUACACUUGUAUAGCAACUAACCUAGUUGGUGCUGACUUGAAGUCUGUCAUGAUCAAAGUGGAUGGUUCUGUGCCCCAGGAUGACAAUGGCUCUUUGAAUAUUAAAAUAAGGGAUAUUCAGGCCAAUUCCAUUCUGGUGUCUUGGAAAGCAAGCUCUAAGAUUCUUAAAUCCAGUGUUAAGUGGACAGCCUUUGUCAAGCCUGAACACACUCAUGCUGCCCAAAGUGCUCGAAUACCAUCUGAUGUCAAGGUAUAUAAUCUUACUCAUUUGGAACCAUCUACUGAGUAUAAAAUUUGUAUUGAUAUUCCCACCAUCUACCAGAAAAGCCGAAAACAAUGUGUAAAUGUCACCACAAAAAGUUUGGACAAUUAUGGAAAGGACUAUGAAAAGAGUAACACAGCCUUUAUGGCCUGCCUUGGUGGUCUUCUAGGGAUUAUCGGCGUGAUGUGUCUCUUCAGCUGCCUCUCUCAAGAAAUAAAGUGUGAAGGGGAACACAGCUAUGUGAGGAAUUACUUUCACAAACCAACCUUUGCAUUCAGCGAGCUUUAUCCUCCUCUGAUAAACCUCUGGGAAGCAGGCAAAGAAAAAAGUGCAUCCUUGGAAGUGAAAGCAACAGUUAUAAGUGUGCCAACAAAUGUAUCCUGAAAACAACCAACAAAGCCUACUUCAAAGAAGAGCUCAAGACUGCAGAAGUGCUAAAAACAACAACAACACAACAACAAGCAGGGGAAUAUCAUUUUGGAAAAGAUUAAGCUUCACCAAUGCUGCUCUGACCAAUGGAAACACAUACAAGCUCAGCAUUUAAAUUGACUGGCUUCCAAGAGGACUGAGGCAACCAAAUAAAACAAUUCCAUUUUCUAGAACUUUCAUGUAACUUUUCUGUCUGGACUACAGUUAAAGUGAACAAAAACAUUUCUGUAUUUUUUUUAAGUAUAUGAGUAGUUGAACUGAGCAAUACCUCCUCCUGUGUUGUAUUACACAUAUUAGCCACGAGUUUUUGCAGUGACCAGAUAAACUUGAAUUGACACGUGGUGUAAUAAAAAGGACAAAUUCUGUAGAGUAGACACAGUGAGUAUGUGGACCUCUUUUAUAAGGAAAAAUACAUUUUGGAUUAAAAUCAAUUGCUUUUGUCUUGUUUUGUUUAUAAAUAAAGAAUAAUUUCUGGGAAAUA